AUGGAUGAAUUUCGUCACGAACUCAGUAGUGUGCCGCCAAUCACGAAGGUCUAUACCCUCCUGUGCCUUGCCCUGACUAUCAGUGUUCACCUUCAUAUACUCUCCCCUCUGCAAAUCUACUUCAAUCCCUACCUCAUUUUCCACGACUUUCAGCUAUGGCGCCUGGUAUCCUGUUUCUGUUACUUCGGCACCAUCGACUUCAACUUUCUCUUCAAUAUGGUAUUCGUCUACCGAUAUUGUCGAAUGCUGGAGGAGAAUCAGUUCUAUGGCCGAUCAGCUGAUUUCCUCAUGAUGUUUCUGUUUGGAGGUGUGCUCUCCAUAAUUGCGGCGAUUUUACUGCAGAUGAUCUUCCUCAGUCACGUGUUGACAACGAUGUUGGUGUACGUGUGGAGUCGUAACAACCCUUCGGUGAUGCUGAAUAUCCUGGGCCUUAUCACGGUUCAUGCACCCUACUUACCGUGGGUUUUCUUCGCCAUUUCCUACAUCCUCGGCAAUAACGCCACCAUGGAUUUUGUCGGUAUUGUAAUUGGGCACCUGUACUACGUGUUAGAGGACGUCUUUCCCAACCAGCCCAAUGGCUUUCGGAUUCUCCGUACGCCCGAGUUUCUGCGGAACCUGCUGGACCGACGGAACGCUGAUCCCGCCUAUCAGCCACUGCCCGAGGAGCGACCAGGCGGAUUUGAGUGGGGCGCGCAAUAG